ACUGCAGCUCCAACAUCCACAACACCUGCUCUAACAACCACAACAGCAGCACCAACAACCACAACAGCCGCAUCAACGACCACGACUGCAUCUCCAACAACCACAACAGCCCCUUCUUCCACCACUUCCCCACCAACCACCACAGCCCAACCAGUUAGCACAACCGCACCUCCAUCAACCACCACAGCCCCACGAACCACCACCACCGCUCCUCCAACAAACACCACUGCCCCACCAACUGCGACGGCCACUACUCCAUCAACCACCACAGCUCCACCACCCACCACAGCCCUUCCAUUCAACACGACCGCACCUUCAACAACCACAACAGCAGUUCAAAAAACAACAUCCCCUCCAUCACCUGGCAGGAAUACAGUAAUGAGAUAUGUUACAUUCAGAUCACUUCAGAGCAAUUUUGAAACAGACUUAUUGAAUUCAUCAUCUGCAUCCUUUAAAAAUCGAUCUUUAAUGAUAAAGAAACAGAUUGAACCUGUUUACAGUAAGGCCUUCCCCUCUUCCUUUAUCUCCUUGGAUGUGGUGAGCUUCAGGAAGGGAUCAGUCAUCAACACCAUGGAACUUCAGUUUGUAAACUUUUCUGUUCCAAACUACACUGAGAUUAGGAAUGUUUUGAUCAGUCAAGCCUCAAAUGUGAUUGGCUUUGACAUCGAAAGGGCCUCCAUCAACAUCAGUGACACUGCUCCAACAACUACCACAGCCACUCCACCAGAAACAACUACAACUACAAAAGCACCAACCGGACCUGUCAAAGUUAUUCUGUUUCUACAGUUCCUUGAACCAUAUGUAUCUGAACUCACAGACCCCACCAGCAGUGCAUAUCAAGAUCGCAAAAAACGAGUUGAAGAGACGUGUGAUAGAAUAUACAGAGCGCAAUUUUUUAACUUCAUCCGUGCCAUUGUGAUUGAGUUCAGAUCUGUUAUAGUCCAAAAACGAGUGGAUAGAACUGAGGCAAUGGUGGAGCUUGUGUUCAAUCAAACAAUUCCCAAUGCACAAGUCCCAGAUAAUAUUACUAUUGUUCAAGCUUUAAGAGAUGCUAUUAAGAAUUCCAGCAUUAAUUUCACCAUCCAAAUAGUUCCUGAGACAGUAUCGGUAACUUCUGUUCCUGUCAUUGUCACGGACAAUUCCACCACACCUCUACCAACCACUGUCACUUCCACUACUGCUGCACCGACUACUAGUUCCACUACUGCUGCACCGACUACUAGUUCCACUACUGCUUCAGCUACAACUGUUGUACCUGCAACUACAGGUUCAAGUGGAGUAUCCCACAAGAUUAAUCCCAGAACUGCUUUCCUCCUGGUGCUGUUGUUAUGGCUUCUGUCAAGCCAGCAAUAGCAUCUGUGCUGGUUUCCAUGUGAAAGGCCAGCAGAACACGAUCUCUUUUAAUAACAUGAAAAAAAUGUAAUGUCAGCAGAAAUCUGAUAUGUUAUUAUUUAUAAGGGUUGUUGGGUUCAGGUACACUUGAAUUGGACACAUCAGUAGAUCUAGUAUGUUUAUCUGGAUGAAAGUAUUUUUGGGUGAGAAUGACCCUGUCCUGAAGAGAAUGACACAAACAAUUUUAAGCAUCCGGUUAAUUAAAUCACCAAUAAAAAAAAUAGCCUGACAAUGCAUGGGCAAAACAUUUAAAUAUAUACUGUGGGUGCCCCGUAACAUAGAGGCUUAGUACUUAAUACUAUGCAGUGGCCUGAGUUUAAGUGAAGUCCAGGUCUUUUGCUUGUAAGUGUAUCUCUGUCUUCGUGUCUGUUAACUUUUCCUCUUUUGAAUAUGAGCCCAAAAGUACAUAAAUUCUUUGGGGUGUUUUUCUUCUUUUUCUUCUUUUCAUCUUUUUAAUAUAAUUAUCGACAGCAUUUUUUCAUUCUUUACAUCAAUUCAUUGUUUCUAAAUACUUGUAAAAUUAUAUAUUUUGAGUUCCACUUCAUAUAUAUCAUACACAGUAUAUAUCACAAAUUACAAGUAAUAGUGUUAAGAAUAGAUCUUCAGGUGUCCCAAAACAUGCAGUCACUUUUCUUAUUUAUACAAAUGUAUUUUUAUACGUAUCUUUACAUGUAUUCUGUCAAAUUUCUUUUAAUUUGCACAUUUUCUGUAAGAAAAGUCAAAAUGACCAGAAUACAUCUUUAUGAGAAACUAACACUGUCUCCUGUAUUUAGGUUUGGGUAAAUAAAAAGCGAAUCAGGAAACUUUCAGGAUGUGCAACAACUGCAUGUAAAAAGCUUUAAUAAAAACUGAAUAUUUACAGA